AUGCAAGUCCUAAAAGGACAAAUAUCUAUGUUUUUUUACAAAUCAAGGAUUAAUUGCCUGAAUUUUACUGUCAGCGACCUGAAUGCAAAAGACGUUACUUGCUACUUUUGGGACGAGACUGAGGGAUCUCGAAGAGCUGUAGAAAUUGGUACCUGCAUCCUUGCCUAUAUAGAAACUCAAAUUGAAAAGGAUCCGGAAAAAGAAAUAGAUCUUAUUUUUUACUCUGAUAAUUGUGGCGGUCAACAGAAAAAUAAGUACAUUUUGUCAAUCUAUGCUUAUGCGGUCAUUAAUUUAAAAGUCAAAUCUAUUACACAUAAAUUUCUUAUACGUGGUCACUCGCAAAAUGAAGGUGAUAAUGUGCAGUGUCAUUGA